AUGGGAUUCGUUUCCGGCGAUUCUCCCCCAGACCCUGCAUUGUUCCCGGGGCGAAUAGGCAGGUGGCUAGAAAGAGAAGAUGUGAUCGAUCAGACGACUUUUCCAAUGAUUCGGUUUACCUACCAUCCACAAGGUUUAAAAUUAUUUCAAAUCAUUGAAACGGCUAGUAAGGGUUCAGAAGGCAACAUGAGCCGUCAUUCUUCAAGUGCUCUUUUGUCCCGACGUCUUGGGUGCAAACCUCCAUCGACAUUCGACAAGAAUGACUGGCGACGAUGCCACUGUCGAGCGCCUAAACGGCGGUUGUUGAACGGAUGGACCCACUAUGGUGCUUGUUUAUUCGGUGAUCGCGAAAGAGAAGCCCAGACAGCUUUGGAGGAGCAGGAUGGCGGCGCCAGACCAAGAGGCAGGGCGACGCGUGCGCUCCCAUGA